CGUUUCGUAUCUACUUGUUGAUGUUGUUAGUCAGCUUGAAAUCCAAAUUGAACAGUCACCAAUCAGUACUCGUCAACGAGAAAGAUUAGAGUUAUUUCGUUUGUACUUUGGACUUACUAACAAUUAGUGUAUAGUGACAUAAUACACAAGAGCAACAAGUUGAGUCCAAAAUCAAGACAGUAAUAAAAUGUCGGAAAAUGUCAGCCCAAUUAAGUAUUUCCUGUCUGGAGGAUUUGGUGGCAUCUGCACGGUUCUGGCUGGUCAUCCUCUGGACACGAUAAAAGUCCGUUUGCAAACGAUGCCAUUGCCUACCCAAGGCCAAGCUCCGCUGUACGCUGGAACGUUGGACUGCGCUAGAAAAACAAUACAACGCGAAGGGUUUCUAGGCUUGUACAAGGGCAUGUCCGCGCCUAUUGCCGGAGUUGCACCUAUUUUUGCAAUGAGUUUCUUCGGUUUCGGACUAGGCAAACGUUUGCAGCAGAAAACUCCGGAUGAAGAAUUGAGUAAUUUGAGACUUUUUGCAGCCGGAGCUUUUUCCGGGAUUUUCACUACGACAGUGAUGGCACCAGGAGAACGUAUUAAGUGCCUUCUACAAAUUCAGCAGGGUGGAAAUACGCCACAGAAAUACAACGGAAUGGUGGACUGUGCGAAACAACUGUAUGCAGAAGGUGGAAUACGCAGCAUUUAUAAAGGAUCAUUUGCAACUUUACUCAGGGACGUUCCUGCUUCGGGAAUGUAUUUCUUGACUUACGAAUAUGUGAAAAAAGCAUUAGCCCCAAAGGAAAACGAGAAAAGGGAUGCCGCCGUUGGCCUUCUUGGAACCAUAUUUGCAGGUGGAAUGGCGGGUAUUGCAAAUUGGGCUAUCGGAAUGCCAGCUGAUGUCCUCAAGUCACGAUUGCAGACAGCUCCUGAAGGUACCUACAAAAAUGGCAUCAGAGAUGUAUUUAGAGAACUAAUGAAAAACGAAGGGCCAUUGGCAUUGUAUAAAGGCGUAACGCCUGUAAUGCUUCGAGCAUUCCCUGCCAAUGCAGCUUGCUUCAUAGGUUUUGAAGUGUUUAUGAAUUUCCUGAACCUUGUCGCGCCUAACUUGUGAGAAAAGUGUGUUCUUUUUUUUGUUAAUAGACGUGUAAGCCAUAAUGUUUCUAUUGAAUGGCGGGAUAUAGGUGUAAUAGGUUAGCAAUAAAAAUUACAGAUGUUUUUUUUGCGCAAAUCUGGAACCUGGUUCCUAUUUGUAUAAGAACAAAUUGAAAUACAUAAUUUUAUAUAAAAUGA